AUGGCGCCUCGCGGCUUCACCAACCCAGCUCCAAAGACAGAUUCAGCCCGCUCAGCCCUGAGCGCAUUCACAUGCACCCUCUGCAACAAAUCCUAUUCCCGCCACCCGGAAUACGAAGCGCACAUCGGCUCCUACGACCAUCAGCACCGCAAACGUCUGCAGGACCUCAAACAACUCUCUCGAGACCCCAAUGCGGCCGAGCGAGCACGCAAAGCGGAACGGAAAGCUGAUGCGGAGGCGGGGUUGGUGAGGGUUGAUACUAGUACAUCUUCUGCGGCGGGGACGACGACAACGAUAACAGGAGGAGGGGGAGGGGGAGGGUUUAAGAAAGGUGGAUUCAAGAGCUCGUUCACGACGGUGAAGGGACCUGCGGGAUCUGCGUCGAGUACGGCGGCGCCGGUGCGGAAGAAUGUUCUUGGUGGUGAUGACGACGACGAAGAUAUGGUCGAUAACACGAACAAAACGAAUGCGUCUGGACCUUCUCCAGCGACGACGAAUAGCACAGAACGGAAAACACUAGAUACAGAUGUUGAAAGCGAUACGGAUGAUGAGUAUAGGAAUGACGACCCAGAGCAGGCUUAUUAUGAUCCCUCGAAACCGACUGGGUGUUUUGAUGGCUGUCCCGGGAUGAAAGCUGUUUCUGCGUAA